GUAGGGAGCCGGAGGUGCACAUACCAGUAUACCACACUUCCUUGAAUCGUUAGGUACGGAGGACUCUCGAACCAACUGCUUAUUGCUUACGCCACAAUCAAAAAUAACUUCCAGAAUUUCGUCGGUGCCCCUACUUUCUCUUCAUCUAUUUCUCUCUUGUUUCGAGUGAUUCAAUUCUUUGUUGCCGCUAUUUUAAACUUAAAACCCUUGCUUAAUUUUCAUUACACAAAUUACCCCAAUUUAUUUUGCGGAUUGCACUUAAUCUGGUCUUAGGAGUUGAAAUUUUCAUUGGAAUUCGUCAAUUGAGGUACAUUUCUUGGUACCCAUUUCACAAAUUUGUAAUCUUUACCAUUUUUACUUAACAAUUUGAUCUCUUGAUUGAUUCUUAGAUUUAGUUUUUCAUAAAUUUUGCGUUAAACCCUUGAUUGUGUGAUUCUUGAGCUUAAUUUAGUGGGUUUAAUUGCAAUUUAUGACCUGGGAUUACCCCUAAUCUUGUUGAAAAACUAGGGUUUAUUGUUUUUAUUAGAAUGGGGAAGCCAUUGAUAUAUGAGAUAUUGGAAAAACCAGCAACUAGUUGUAUUAUAGCAAUCUGCAGUGCAAUUUGGUAUUAUAUCCAAAAGAAGAAUAUUGGGUAUGCGCAGGUGGGAUUGAGCUAUGAAACUGCUCUUGAAGGGCAUCAUUGGAGGUUAAUCACGUCGGCUUUCGCGCAUAUUAGUGUGAUUCAUCUUGUGUUUAAUAUGAGUGCUCUUUGGAGUCUUGGUGUAGUGGAGCAAUUAGGGGACAUUGGUCUUGGGUUUCAGUUUUAUCUUCAUUACACUCUUGUGUUGAUUGUAUUAUCUGGUGUUUUGGUGUUAUGGGCUUAUCAUAUUCUGAUUAAUAAGCUAAAGUUAGAGCAUUUUCGACGAGUAACGGCUGUUGGGUAUUCCUGUGUUGUUUUUGGGUGGAUGACGAUUUUGUCUGUGAAGCAACCGUCUUCUAAAUUGAAUUUGUUUGGGCUUCUUUCUCUUCCUAUUAGUUUUGCACCGUUUGAAUCGCUUAUCUUCACAUCGAUUAUUGUUCCUCAAGCAAGUUUUCUUGGGCAUUUGUCAGGAAUUAUUGUUGGGUAUGCUAUUGGAUGGGGUUUGAUUCAUGGGAUGAACAACUACUGGGCUUUGACAUUGUUAGGAUGGAUUGCUCUUGUUUUUGUUGGGAGUUUGAAACGUUCUGGUGCUUAUGGUUUUGAUUUCCUUGAGAUUGAAUCUGUUUCUGAAACUUCGCUGCCCACUGUUCGGUUUCUUGCACCUGGCAACGGUAGAACACUGCAGAUGAGUUCAGUGCCAGCAGGAGGCGUUGAAUUGGUUUAAACUUUAAUGGCCUCAAAAUGUCUAUGAUUGGAGCAAGAAUACUAGAUAUAUACACCAUGCUUGGCUGACUCUUUUUGAACAUGAGGUGGUUUCUUAUUGCGAUCCUUAGACUUUCUGGGAGCCACAGCUUGUUCUGCAUUUGCUGACCUCUUUAGAAAUGUACUACUUUUUUUGCUCUUGUUCAACCAACCUGGAUAAAGAAGAUUUUGACAUAUUGAUGGUGCAGUAUAUUUACCUGUUCUGUUGGCUCAUUAAAGGUCAGCUUUAAAUUGGGAUUCCAAUAUCUUUGUAUAUUGUAUGGUAACGCAAUUGAGAUCAGAUGAGUGUGUUUGCAUCUUAUCUUUCAGCUGGGAAAUAGAGGGAGAAAAUCUUAUUCUUAUAAUAUUGUUCCAUUUUGUACAUGAGACAUGACUGGACAUAAUUAAGCAUUCUUGAAAUCAUUACCAUCCUACAACUGUUCAUAUUGUUAUUUUGGCUGACUUAACUUCUUAUAAGAGUUGCUUUGUACUUUUGUAGUCACUUUUGAUCUAGAUGAGGAAGCAUAGUCUCUUGUUUCUGUUGUAUGUGAACUUAUUCUUGGCAUAGUUGUAUGCAGGGUCCCCAUGAAAAUUAAUGUAGGUUGAAAGUUGUUCUGUAUCCGGCCUUAGGUUCAUAGACAUGUCGAAACCUGGUUGGUUUCAGAUGCUGCACAACAGUGAACUUCACGCUUUGAAUAUCA